AUGGGCAACCAAACAGUACCGAUGGAGUUCAUCCUUAAUGAUUUUUCAGUAAAUCCAGGACUUCAAAUUUUUACUUUUAUAUUGUUUCUGGUUAUCUAUCUUGCUGCAUCUGGAGGAAACAUAUUGAUCAUCUUGAUCAUAUUGCAUGCGCCUCAUCUUUGGACACCUAUGUACUUUUUUGUUGUAAAUCUUGGUAUUUUGGACAUGUGUUAUAUUUCAACUACUGUCCCUAAUUUCUUAAAAAACAGUUUAUCACAAAGGAAAACCAUCUCAUUCAUUGGAUGUGUGAUUCAGCUUUAUGUAUUUCUGAGUAUGGCUGCCACUGAGUCUACGCUUCUGGCAGUUAUGUCUUAUGACAGAUAUGUAGCAAUUUGCAAUCCAUUGCAUUACCAUAUUAUCAUGAACAGAAAAAACUGCCUGUAUCUUGCAGUCAGUGCUUGGUUUAAUGGGACUAUUUAUUCCAUUAUUCAUACUACCAACACUUUCAGGCUACAAUUCUGCCAAUCAAAUGUCAUAGACCAUUUCUUCUGUGACAUUACACCUCUACUGAAGAUUGCAUGUUCAAAUACCAAAUUAAAUGAAAUCAUGAUUUUUGGGGUUGGGGCUGUUAUGAUUUUGCCUUGUUUUCCAUUAAUUAUUACCUCUUAUAUUUACAUUAUAAAGACUGUUUUACGAAUCCCUUCAGCUAAGGGGCGUAGUAAGACUUUUUCCACCUGUGUUUCCCAUUUAACUACAGUUGGCCUGUUUUACCUUACUGGAAUUUCUGUGUACUUACAUCCAGUGUCAACAUCAACUGCAGUAAACCAAGACAAGAUCAGUGCAGUAUUUUACACUAUGUUAGUGCCAAUGGUUAAUCCUAUUAUAUAUAGUUUGAGGAACAAGGAGUUAAAAGAAGCCAUAUUGAAAAGAGUGUUCAUAAAGUUAAUUUUAUGA